AUGCCAAUUAAUUUAAUAAUCUCAUCAGAUUUGGAUAGAGCAUUUGAAACCGCCUCAAUAAUAAGACAACAAUUAAUUAUAAAUAAUCAUACUAGUGGUAGCGGCAAUAACAAUAACAACAUAUUGCCAAGCAUUGAAUCCACUCAACUCUUAAGAGAACGUAACCUUGGUAAAUUGGAAGGUGUUGACCUUAGACAACUUGUACAUUGGGAAGAAAUUCCAGAUGCUAAAAAAGCAAUUGAAAUUCAAAAAUUAUUAAAUCAAAAACCAUCACUAUCAUUCUUACCACCAUCAAAUCAUCAUCAACAACAACAAUUAUCAUUACAAAAUCAAUUAAAUCAAUUAUAUAUAGAACAACAACAACAACAACAACAACAACAACAACAACAACAACAACAACAGCAACAACAGCAACAGCAACAAGAACCACAACAUCUCAAUAUUAAUUUACAAGAAAUUAAAAGUAUAACAAUGAAAACGACAACAUCAUCGCAAACACCAUCAUUAUCAUCAACUGCAUCAUAUACAUCAACAGCAGUGCAAUCGACAGCAUCAUCAAUACCAUCAUCACCAAGAUCAUCUUCACAAACAACAUCAUUAUCUUCAUCGUCAUCAUCGAUUUCUAAUUUUUCAACAUCAUCCAAUUCAUCAUUUUCAUCAUUUUCAUCACUUUCAUCAUCAUUGGAAGUACCAAUUCCAUCAAAUUCAUUUCCAACACCAACCAAUGUAAAACUCACUUCAAAUAUUUUAAAACAUCUCCCACAAAAAGAAUUGAAAAUGGAGUCAAAAUCAAAAUUAAUUCGUAGAGCAAAAGAGGCUUUUCAAUUUAUUUUAAAACAAAUACCAUCAAAAUAUAUAAAUAAUGGUAUUUCUAUAAAUAAUGAAAAUAAUAAUAAUAAUAAUAAUAAUAGUAAUAAUAAUGAUGGUGAUGGUAAUGGUAAUAAUAGUGAUAUUAUUUUACCAUCACAAUCUUCUUUUAAUAAUAAUAAUAAUAAUAAUAGCGACAUCAAUAAUAAUAAUUAUCAUAUUUUAAUAGUUUCACAUAGUGUUAUUCUUCGAACUAUACUUUCACUUUUACUUUGUAAAAAGUCUGCACCAUUAUUCUGUAAUACUAAUAGUAGUGAUAUAAGUCAGUCUGAAGCAUCAUCUAGCCAAAAUUUUAAGUGGAUUCAAUUUGAGUUGAAAAAUGCUUCAGCCAUUAGAGCCAGUUUUAAUGUUUUCGAAAAGAAAUCUAGGGACACUGUAAAAAGAAUUCCUAGAGAAAUCACUUUUUAUCCCGAAUCAAUAGAUAAUAAUCAAAAUGAUCAAAAUAUUCAAAAUAAAAACACUAAUACCAAUAAUAAAGUUAAUAAUAAUAAUAACAGUAAUAAUAAUAAUAGUAAUAAUGAAAAUCAGAAUCAAAAUCAAAAUCAGAAUCAAAAUCAAAAUCAAAAUCAGAAUCAAAAUCAAAAUCAGAAUCAAAAUCAAAAUCAAAAAGAAGAUGAAGAGAUUAACAAUUAA